AUGUUAGUGGCCGGGGAGCCACCGACGAUUCCACAACUGGUGGCGGCGGAAUCGGGUGUUUACCCGCCGAGUAUGCUGGAUGCUACUUCGCGAUUGUUUGGAGACCGGAAUCUGAAGGAAUUGGAGAGUCAGAAGUGGCAAUGUGCUGCAGCCGCCUUCUACCCCGCGAGCGGGUGGUGUCACCUCUACGACCAGUGCGACUCCAUGGAGAUGGAGAGCACCGCUGUCAACCUCGUCCCCGAGGCGACGAAAUGGUGCAAGGGCACGUUGGUGGAGGAGUGGGACUGUGACAAGGUGGAUCCUGACAAAUGCCAGGACUCCUACACCAGGAGCUUCGAUGGUCACUACUUUGUGCAAUGCUCGGUGACCAGCAACGGUCAGUGCCUCGCGGGCGGCGGGCUGUGCAAAGAGAAGUGA